AUGAGUGGACACGCUAACAGUGUGCUGGACCCGCAUCUAUCUGUGUUGGAGUUGCUGGAGAAGAGUUGCGAGCGGGGGGGCCAUGCGGAGGCCCCCGGAAGUUCCAGGAACAAGGGUGCAGGACAGAUCCAGCUCUCGGAGUCCUGGUGUACCGUGGAGAGGGACGAGUUGAGUGCUAUGGAGCGUUCUGCGUCGCAGCAGACCAACAACGGCGUGCUGUCGUCGAGUGACACCUCUGAGGAAGGUGAGCCCGAGCAAGGGAGCCCCGGUGACGGUGAAGGUGGGGGUGUUGCCGAUACACGGAUGGCUCGCCCUGCGAUGAGUCUGCAGUCGACGUCGUCGACACUGGAUGGUGUUGAUGACGACAGCGCCACCGUGUCGAAGAGUCUCACGUCGUCGUCGAACUCGUUCAUCAUGCCCAAGUUGUACACGACCGUGGCAGGUGCCCCCAGCACGGUGUCCACUGCACUGCAGACCCGGUGCUUCAAAGUCGCUGUGCUGGGGAGAGGCGCGGUCAAGUUCUGUCAGGAGACGGUUCCGGAACAGUUCAGACACAGAUUCGAGCUUACAGCCGGUGUGCACGACCUGGCGCAGUGCGCGGACCGCCAGGGGAUCCUCAUCGUCGUGCAGGAGGUCCGCGAGCUUAUAUCGUUGCUGAACAGAGUGCACUGUGCGUGCCCGGAGGUCCCCGUGGUGGCAGUCUACGACAGGGACAGGCAGGUACAGGUCAAGAACGUGCUUCGCAACUUCACACGGCAGAGACUCGUCUCGUUGCUACAUCCACCGGUCCCGCUGUCAAACAACGAGGCUCUCGACAAGAUGUUCCAUUUCGUGGAUAACUUGGCUCGCCAACAGGAACCGGCAGGGGUGAUCCACAAUGAUCCACAGACGACCCAGGAACAGCACCCAGAUCACAACGAAGACGACCCGCACCGUGGGCCCAGCAAACCAGAGGGCACGUUUAAAAGAUGGCUGCUCUGGGGGGUGUCCAUCUCGCUGGGGAUCGGUGCAGGGUACUACUGCGUCUCGUACGUCGUCUCGUCAUCCAUGUGCGUAUCCUGCUUCAACUUCAGACACACAGACCACACUUUGGCCGCUACUACGUCCACCGCCGCGGCAGCCGCUGCGGCAGCAACUCCAUCAGGAAUCGACCACGACGCAGACAGCCACACGACGCUGCGGCACUGCCUCAGCAUCGUUAAGAACUCGCUCAAGAGGGCCACCGCUUUCGUCAAGCAAGCCAUGCACAAGCCGUUUCACUACAUCGACCGCUCUCAGGAGUGGCACCUGCACGACCCGAACAGGUUCCUACAGCUCGGAUACGCGGUCAUUUAG